GAGCCCUGUAGGAUCAUUCCUUCAAAGGAUUCCCUUCCUAGAGAAGGAGCUAGAUAGGGGCCAACAGAACCAGGGAGGGGACUGGAGAGGGAACGCUUGCUUCCUGUUUCUAAAGGGAAAGUUCUAAACCUCACGGGUUCCAAUCAGAGGGCAGUAAGACCCAUCAGUAAUGACCCAUCACAGAGCCUCAAGGAGGAGGAAGAGGUGGUAACCUCCUGGAUGGAGGGCACUGAAGCCCAGAAAGUACCUUUACUGAGGCUGCCACAUCACAUUACAUUAGCAGGUCCUGGAGAGCAACCCUGGUCUUUGGGUCGGGAGCCUUGCUUUCUGUGGUGCUGUGGGAUGGAGCAUGGUCUUACAAGUAAUUCUUGGAGCCCCAAACCCUGCCUUGGGCAAAACACCCUACUGUGAUGCUUCCAGACUGAUGAAGUUCUAACAGUGCCUGCAAGGCUCAGGCUGCGUUUCCAGCUACAAACAUACUGGAGUUGUCCCCUUUGCCAUGGAAACUCAAAAGGAUGAAGCUGCCCAGGCCAUGGGAGCGACAGCUUCUGGGGACACCCAGGACCAAGGGGCAGAAAAAGGAACCAAGAGGAACAAGGCAGCUGAGCCGACAGAAGGACCGACAUCAGAGCCACCCUCCUCUGGCCCAGGUAGGCUGAAGAAAACUGCCAUGAAACUAUUUGGUGGCAAGAAGGGUAUCUGUACUCUGCCUAGUUUCUUUGGAGGGGGACGAAGCAAAGGUUCUAGGAAAGGCAGCACCAGGAAGGGCCUGAGUAAAAGCAAGACCCACGAUGGCCUGAAUGAAGCAGCUCAGGGCCCUGAAGAGAUUGUCAGCGAAGGCGCUGGCUUGCCCCUACCCUUGCCUGAGUCACCCUGCCGAGUUCCCAGCUCCCAGAGUGCCCACGGGGCUUUGGAGACAGGCUCCAGGUGCAAGACAUCAGCAGCGGGAGCUUCAGAGAAAGCUGCAGCCGAGAAAGUUCCCUCUGCACCCAAGCCAAAGAAAGGCCUGAAAGGCUUUUUCAGCAGUAUUCGUCGUCACCGGAAGACCAAGGCCACUGGGGCUGAGCGCAGUGAGUCAGGGCCGAAGGAAUCCGAGGGCACUCGAGUCAGGCCUCACGAACACAUGAGCUCCAUGCCUCUGCCCCCCUCUGACGAGUCUUUGCAAGCCCUGAGAAAGGAAAAUGCCAAGUCCCCACUUGGCCCGGGGCCCCAAGCUUUUCCAGCACCUGAACCUUCUCCACCAGCUAUGGAGAAGGUAAUCUGUAGAGAUCCAGAAAACCCUGCAGCGGCUUGUGCAGUGGUGCAGCCCCAGCCUGGCCCUGAGGCCGGGAGCCCAGAGGAGCCCCACAGCCCUGAAACAGGUGAGAAAGUCGUGACAGGAGAGGUAAACCCACCAGGUGGUCCUGUGGGAGACCAGCUGAGCCUCCUAUUCGGGGAUGUCACAUCCUUGAAAAGCUUUGACUCUCUGACAGGUUGUGGAGACAUCAUAGCUGAACAGGACAUGGACAGUAUGACAGACAGCAUGGCCUCUGGGGGACAGAGGGCUAACCGAGAUGGGACCAAGCGAAGUUCUUGCCUGGUGACCUAUCAAGGAGGUGGGGAGGAGAUGGCCUUGCCAGAUGAUGAUGAUGAGGAAGAGGAGGAAGAGGAGGAGGAGGAAGAAGAGGAGGAGGUAGAGGAGGAAGAGGAGGAGGUAGAGUUAGAGGAGGAAGAAGAGGAGGUCAAAGAAGAAGAGGAAGAUAAUGACUUAGAAUAUCUGUGGACAGGCGCCCAGAUGUACCCAAGACCCAGUAUGAACCUGGGCUACCCUCCCACCACAUCCCCAGGCCACCAUGGCUACAUGCUCCUUGAUCCCGUUCGGUCUUAUCCUGGUCUGGCACCUGGGGAGCUUCUGACUCCUCAGAGUGACCAGCAAGAAUCUGCCCCUAAUAGUGAUGAAGGUUAUUAUGACUCUACCACACCUGGAUUUGAGGACGAUUCAGGGGAGGCCCUUGGACUCGUGCACAGGGACUGCUUGCCCCGCGACAGUUACAGUGGAGAUGCCCUCUAUGAGUUCUAUGAGCCAGAUGACAGUUUGGAGAACUCCCCACCUGAGGAUGGCUGCCUUUAUGACCUCCAUGGUCACAGCUCUGAGAUGUUUGACCCCUUCAUGAACUUUGAGCCCUUUCCUUCCUCCCGGCCACCUGGGGCAAUGGAGACAGAGGAAGAACGCCUGGUGACCAUUCAGAAACAGCUGUUGUACUGGGAACUUCGGCGGGAGCAGCUGGAGGCCCGGGAGGCCCGAGCCCGAGAGGCUCAAGCCCGGGAGGCCCAUAACAGGGAGAACAGGGAGGCCUACACCCGAGAAGCCCAUGCCAGGGAGGCCUAUGCGCGACAGUCCCACAGCCGGAAAGCUCGUGCUGGAGAGUCCCGUGCUCGAGAGGCCCAAGCCCGGCCAGAGAAGCCCAUCUUGGAGUAUCAGAUGAGGCCCUUAGGCCCCUCGGUGAUGGGCCUGGUGGCAGGGCCAUCGGGCUCCUCUCAGACAUCCUGUCGGGGAACUACCUCAGCUUUCCCUGCCACUUCGGGCAAUGAGCCGGACUGGAGGGACUUCCGUCCUCUGGAGAAGCGAUUUGAGGGAACCUGCUCCAAGAAAGAUCAAAGUACCUGCUUGAUGCAGCUCUUCCAGAGUGAGGCCAUGUUUGAACCAGACGUGCAGGAAGCAAACUUCGGAGGAUCACCCAGGAGGGCCUACCCUACCUACUCACCCCCAGAAGAGCCGGAGGAAGAAGAGACUGAGAAGGAAGGCAACGCCACCGUGAGCUUCUCGCAGGCCCUGGUGGAGUUCACCAGCAACGGAAACCUCUUCUCCAGCAUGUCCUGCAGCUCUGACUCUGACUCAUCCUUCACUCAGAAUCUUCCUGAGCUGCCCCCCAUGGUGACCUUUGACAUUGCUGAUGUGGAACGCGAAGGAGAAGGCAAGUGUGAAGAUAACCCUGAGUUCCACAAUGACGAAGAUCUGGCAGCCUCCUUGGAAGCAUUUGAGCUGGGCUACUACCACAAGCAUGCCUUCAACAACUUCCACAGCCGAUUUUAUCAAGGCCUGCCCUGGGGUGUCAGUAGCCUCCCUCGGCACCUGGGACUACCUGGGAUGCGCCAUAGACCUCCACCUGCUGCCAUGGCCCUCAAUAGAAGGAGUCGCUCCCUUGAUACUGCAGAGACCUUAGAGCAGGAGUUCUCUAAUUCUCACCUGGCCCAGGGCUAUGUGGAAUCUGAUGAGUUCCAGGCUCAGCAGGAAGAUUCCGAUGAAGAAGAUGAAGAGGAGGAAGAAGGAGAAUGGGGCCGAGACAGCCCCCUGUCCCUCUAUACUGAACCGCCAGGGGCCUAUGACUGGCCUGCCUGGGCUCCCUGUCCUCUUCCCAUUGGGCCAGAUCCUGCUUGGAUAAGGCCUGGCCAGUUGGAUGGGCCUUCGAGCCAGUCUGCGUAUGGGCAAGCAACCUGUUGUGUGCCUCCUGUGGCCAAGUCAGUGCCACUCUCUGUACCAGGGCCAGAGCCAAGGGCAUCUGAAGAAUCCAGGCCUCAGUUAGCUCGACCAUCACACCUACCCCUUCCAAUGGGUCCUUGCUACAACCUUCAGCCCCAGGUCUCCCAGAGUAUGAGGGCCAGGCCUCGAGAUGUGCUGUUGCCUAUCAAUGAGCCCAGUUGCUCCUCCAGUUCUGGAAGCUUUAGCCCCAGCCCUCUGCCCCAGGCCAAGCCUGUGGGCAUCACCCAUGGCAUCCCUCAGCUGCCCAGGGUCCGGCCUGAGCUUCCCCAGCCUCGGCCCAGUCACUAUGGGGCUUCUGGCCUUGAUCUGUCAAAAGAAAAAGCUGAGCAAGGUGCCUCUCUCCCCACCAGCUACUCCUCCACUGCCGUGAAUGGAAGCCUAGCCAAGUAGUCACCCUCAGUGCGGAGUGGGGGAGGCAUGGGGCCUGAG